UAAGUAUUAUUCGGGCCAAAUUGGGGGCCAAAUUAGGGCACAGCUUAUCUCCAUCAAACUGGACGCUACUCUGCUCCUUCGCUCCAACUUCCAACUCCAAACUCUCUCUCUCUGAAUUUUAAAGGAGGUUGUAAAAAACUAAUGUCAUCAGAUACUGCAAAAGAAAAUGCAUCUGUAGUUGAUUCCUCAGUGACUGAAUGGAAAAACGAAAGAGGGAAUAUGGACGAACCAGAUACUCCAAGCUACAGAGCAAAUGAGGAUACAUGUCGUUCUAGAGCAGAAGAGCGGACAAAUUCAUGUCAGCAGAUUGGAAUUUCAGGUGCAAUUGGAAAUGGUAAAUUCUAUGGCGUAAGAUAUUUCAUAAUCAAGAGUUUGAACCAUGAAAAUAUCCAGUUAUCAGUAAACAAAGGGAUUUGGGCAACUCAAGUCAUGAAUGAGCCAAUUCUGGAUGAAGCAUUUAAUAAUUCCAGCAAAGUGAUACUAAUAUUUAGUGUCAACAUGAGUGGCUUCUUUCAAGGGUAUGCCGAAAUGAUUUCAACUGUUGGUUGGAGAAGAGACCAAGUUUGGAGUCAAGGAAAUGGUGGACGUAAUCCUUGGGGCCGCAGCUUCAAAGUGAAAUGGUUGCGAUUGUAUGAUCUGCCUUUCCAAAGAACUCUUCACCUUAAGAAUCCAUGGAAUGACUACAAACCAGUCAAAAUUAGUAGAGAUUGCCAGGAGUUACCUCCAGAUAUUGGUGAAGCUUUAUGUGAGCUCCUUGAUGGACAAGAUGCUUUGGAUGUUAAUUUGAAAAUGGAUAGAUUUGCAAGGAAUGAUCUCUCUUUUAAAAGGCCAUAUGUAGAGCCUUCAGUUCAUCCUGGGGGUGAAGAGUAUAAUGCAUCUCUACAUAUGGGGUCCAUGCUUUAUCCCUCUUUUCUCUACCAACAUCAAGUUAAUGCUCAUGGACUGCACAUAGCACCUCAAGGAAUAAAUGGUGUAUUUGCUGCGGAGGAGUCAGCUAUUGCAUCAGGGGAAUCGAAAUCAAAACAGUCAAGGCAUUCACAAAAAAAUGGAAGCCUUGCUAAUCUUCAUGUAGACGCUGAUGUGGGUCCUCGAAUCAACAUGUGGGGUUUGUCAGCAGAAAGGAGCCCACUUGCGAGUAAUUUGACUGAAGAUGACAUUCUUGAAAUGACGUAUGAAGAGUAUCUUGAAGCUCAUAGCACAGGAAGCAAAAGAUCGCACCCCCCUGUUUCAGGACCAUCGCGAAGUACACAGAGGUCAUUAGGCAGUGAAGAAAACUGUGAUGAUUCGCAGUCGGGCAGUUCGAAGAAAAGGAGAAGUCACUGAAUCUAAAUCCGCUAAGUGGUAACGUUGAUCUUCAUGGGAAGCAGGCAAUGAUUGAUAUGUAUUGUUGCAUUCGUCGCGAAGUGGUGGCUUUUGCAAAAAAAAUUCAGUUUAUUUUUGUAAAACUUAAAACUUAGGAGCAAAUAUUGCUAUGGUGUUGUAUUAUAUCUGUACUGUAUUAUAUGGCCCUCUUGUCACCCUCCUCCUUCCCCUCCUGCAUUUGAAUGGAAACUUUUACUGUCAAUGCAAACUUGUACAGGAAAAUUAGCAGUCUCUAUAUUAUUUAUUUGUUCAUUCGUAAAA